GCAAUUGCUGCCACCGGCAACGAUAAAGAAUCAGUGAACGCUGAAAGUCAGUUCGACGUUUCGCCGCAAUCGAUAUCUAUUGAUACUAUGGGACAAAUAGGGGAGAAUGUUGACAUGUUUAUGCCGACACCGCUGAACGCUGAUGCGUAUCGAUACACACUGCCGAAUUGGCGCCCUCCUGUCUAUCCUAUGGUAAAUCCCUACUAUGGUAACAUGCAGUACCUGAACAGGAUCAACCCCAUGAUGAGUCGCUAUUAUGCACCUUACGUCUAUCCAGCUCCUAUAGCGAAUCGCCUACCGUUUUACCCGCGGGUACCACAGUAUCCGGUCAGAACUGCGUACACUUCGAUGCCGAGUGCCCCAGAGAAGAAAGGGUUACUGAGAGAUCACAUAACGCUCAAUCAAGGCUUAACGACAUCGCGGCCGUAA